AAUCUGCCCAAAUUUCUCAAAAUUGUUUUCGGAAAACAAAGUUUGCUAAAGCCACCCAAUAUCAUAAGCCUUUCAAGGUUUCUAGGAUUGAUCAAAGAAAAGAUUCAAAGAACCUCAAAGCAAACAAAAAAUAAUUUGAGAAAUUAAGAAAAUAAAACAUUAAGAUAAUCAGAGUGUAGCCCUACUUCUUUUUUCCCCUUCCUAUAUAUCAUCCCCAUCAUCAUCAUCUUCUUCCCCCUACUCCCAAAUCCUCCUUAUUUUCUCUCUCUCUCUCUCUCUCUCUCUCUCUCUGUUUAUAACUCUUAUUUUCGGUCUUUCGGUCUCUCUUUUUCCCUCUCCCAUGACAUGAUUGAAAUCCAGAAACAGUCCAGCUGAAAUAUACUUGGUGUAUGUUGGUGAUCAAAAAAGACUCUUUUUUUUUUUUAUGUUCCAUUAAUUUCUUCAUGAACAGUCACCAGUACCAAAACUAGUUUCAAUUUGUCUCUUCAUCACAUCACUCACACCCCAGAUCUAUCUUAGAUCUAAACUUCAUCAUCUCCUUUAGUCUUUCCCUUUUUAGUUCUUUCCUAACUUCUAAGCACUUGUCUCUCAGUCUAACCUUCAUCCACAAAACCUAGCUACCUAAAAAAAAAAAAAAAAAAACAGAAAACCCCUUUGACCCAAAAAACUAGAAAGAAGAGACCCAAAUCUCAGUAGCUAGCUAGCUACCACUUCCAAGAUCCAAGAAAACGAACUAAAACCCACUAAAAUUCCUCCAUACCCUAUGGAUUCACUUCACGAAUUUGACACCUCAAACGGAGAUAGCGCAAGCAUCAACUUCAGCACCAAUACCAUCACAACUACUCACCACCACCAUCACCAAAACAUAAACACAAGCAUGAACAUCUCACCAUUAACAAACGUAGGUGGAGGAAUGGCAUCAUCCUCAUCUCCACCAGCAUCUUCAUCUCCUGCUACUUUAAGCCGCUAUGAGAACCAGAAGCGCCGUGACUGGAACACUUUCGGACAGUACCUGCGGAACCACCGUCCACCACUGUCACUCUCACGCUGUAGCGGAGCUCAUGUGCUUGAAUUCCUGAGGUACUUAGACCAGUUCGGGAAGACCAAAGUCCACACUCAGCUGUGUCCCUUCUUUGGACAUCCAAACCCACCAGCUCCAUGUCCAUGUCCACUCCGUCAAGCUUGGGGAUCACUCGAUGCCCUCAUCGGCCGACUUCGUGCGGCUUUCGAAGAACACGGAGGGAAGCCAGAAGCGAACCCUUUUGGAGCUCGAGCAGUGAGGCUGUAUCUACGUGAGGUUCGUGAUUCACAGGCUAAAGCAAGAGGGAUUAGCUACGAGAAGAAGAAGCGGAAGCGCCCACCUCAGCACCCACCUAAUAAUGCAGUGCCACCGCCUCCAAAUGCGAGUUCUCACUAGUCUCAGUAAGAUCAAAAUCAUUUCAUCAUCAUCAUCAUCAUCUAAAAGCUCUCACUGCAUGAGAACUCACCAUGUUGCUUAAUUGCCUGGGAAACUAAGAAAUAGGAAAUGAGAACUCUCUCUUUCUUAUUAUCUCCUAGUACUCUAUCGUAAUGUUCCACCACUUUGCAUUAGUUUUUUUUUUUUUCAAUAAGUAUUUUUACUUUCUUUUUUCUCUUACUACUAGUAUUAUUGCAUCCUUAUGUAGUAAGAGUUUCUUUAUGUUGCUGUUGCUUUUUUUUUCAGAAACUAUGCUUAAAAUUAGUGGGUAUGAACUAUUGGGUACUCUUUUUAUUCUAGUAGUAAUAGUCGUGGUGUUAAGUAUGUACUAGUAGUUGUAACUGUGACUUAACAUCCAAUUUGUCAUAGAUAUGUGUACAUGAAAGAAAGCUAGUCUAUGACAAGUAAUAGAUUUGCAGAUCAUGUUGAAUGUC